AUGUUCACACCUUUCUCAGGUGGAGCGUUCACGUUCGCGAUCAGUGCAUUCUUCAUAGCACUAUAUAUUCCUGUUCUUUACGUAUUCCGCAAAAAUUCCGAAUUUCGCACUGUGCUAGCCUAUAAGGUAAUGUUUUGGACAGGAGUCACUGAUUUGGGCCAGCUUUUUAUAUUCCUAUUGUCUGGUAUUAUGGCUAUGAUACAGUCAGGAUUUCUCCACUUCUAUAUCAACAAGUUCUGUGGAUCCACGCUGUAUGCGUUUUGGUUUGCCAUGCUAUAUCUCUCAAUUAUCGUAACAUUGAAUCGCUUCGUCUCUGUCGUACUUUCUGGAUACUAUCCCGUCAUAUUUCACCCAACAAAUGUCAAAUGGAUGUAUUUGUUAGCGGUUAUGAUAUUUGGGAUAUCGUGGAUUGUCAAACUUACUCCUUAUAGCAGUUAUUAUUUUGAACCAACGCUGCUCAAAUGGCAUUAUGGAGCAAACGACGUUUACGCGGUUGCGAUUGUGCUUACGAAGACUAGGCAAAGGCCGAGCAGAAGGUGGAAAGAGUAUGAUAGUGAUGCCAAUCUCUACAUUGAGCUCUCAAAGGCUCAAGUAAUAGUUUUAUUAUAAUCAGUUCUAGAGUAGAGUAUGCAUUUUUGCUCAAGAUCCACAUCUCUUGUACAUUAGGAGUUGAUCGUCACAUUGC